UAUAACAAAUCAGCGCGGGAUUUGAGCGACUCUCGGCUUUCUGUCAACUUACCGGACCGUCGAUAGUUUCUUGAGUACCACAACUUCGGUUGAUGCAAGCAGUCAGACUAAUAACAUAAAUGGUGUGAGUCUCCACAGUUUGACAAGAUGGACGGUGACAGAAUGGAGGUGGGAAACCAGAAACAAAACAUCAAUGUGGAGGUCCAUGUUAAAUCUCACAGCACAGCUAAACUGUCUGAGGUGAGGUUAUAUGUUCUGGCUCUGCUGAAUCGCCACAGCAUGGUGUUUGGAAACUACAGAUGGACAGAGUUUGAUGAAGACUUCCUGCAGAAACAUGUGGAAUCUGUGGCUAUAGUUGAUCUGGAGGAAUUGGUAACCCAGCCCCUUGAUUUGAAGAGCUGCUCUGUAUGUGUCCACAUCUUCACUCUGAAUGAGGACGGACCCAGCACGCUCAGUUUGGAGGAGGACGAGGAGCUUUCUGCAGCCAAUCACUGGUUGCUGCCAGCAGCUGAAUUUCAUGGGAUUUGGGAAAGUCUGGUAUAUGAGAGUGGAGUCAAAACCCAGCUGCUGGAUUAUGUCACGACAACAAUUUACUUCUCAGAAAAAAAUGUUGACAGCAACCUGAUUUCAUGGAACCGUGUUGUGCUGCUUCACGGACCCCCAGGCACUGGGAAAACAUCACUCUGCAAAGCUCUCGCCCAGAAGCUGUCAAUCAGACUGUCAAGUCGGUAUUCUUACGGGCAAUUUGUUGAGAUAAACAGCCACAGCUUGUUCUCAAAGUGGUUCUCAGAGAGCGGUAAGCUGGUCACGAAGAUGUUUCAAAAGAUUCAACAACUGAUUGACGACAAAGAUGCUCUUGUGUUUGUUCUGAUUGAUGAGGUGGAGAGUCUGACAGCAGCGAGGAAUGCCUGCCAGGCAGGAACAGAGCCGUCUGACGCCAUCCGAGUGGUCAACUCCGUUCUCACUCAACUGGACCAGAUCAAACGACAUUCCAACGUGGUGAUCCUGACCACCUCUAAUGUGACAGAAAAGAUAGACUUGGCGUUUGUGGACAGAGCUGACAUAAAGCAGUACAUCGGACCUCCGUCUGAAAAGGGCAUCUACAACAUCUACCUCUCCUGCCUGGAGGAGCUGAUGAAGUGCCAGAUCAUCUACCCCCGGCAGCAGCUGUUCACCAUGUUUGAGCUGGAGACGAUGGGUUUUGCAAAGAGCGAGGUGUCCGAACACAGUCUGACCCUGAGGAACAUCGCUCUAAAAAGCAAAGGCCUGAGUGGAAGAGCGCUCAGGAAGUUACCAUUUCUAGCCCACGCACUGUUUGUAAAGACACCGGCAGUGACUCUUGAGAGGUUCCUCAUGGCUAUGGACCAAGCAGUAGAUAAACAGAAGGAUGAAAAGGCUAACCUGGUCAACGGGGUCUGAACUCAUUACGAUGCCCAAAGGCUGACACGUGUGACUCAUGGCCGGCCGCCGCCUUCUUGUUUGUGGUCUGGGAAAUUACAACCCUCACAUCUUUUUAUAAAGCUUAAUUCAUUCAUUUGGCAGCAAUGUGUUACAUUUAUUGGCUGAUAACAUUGUUUUAACAAAUGCUAUCUAUAACAUGCAUCUUUAUUCAGGUCAUUCUGUUGGUGCUACUAACUUAAAGGACCCAGUGAAUGCAGUUUGGUUUAAGAUGGAGUACCAAAGGUUUGAGUUUUCUGUGUUUACUCUGUUCUGACAUUUGUAUGUAACAUUCAGCUUUAACCUUCAUUCAGCUUCUUUUGGGUCCCACGUUAAAGGGAUAGUUCACACUUUUGUUAUUAAACUUUUUAUUUGAAGAAAAACAAAACAGCACAUACAUGUUGCUCUACAUCGUGUAAACAUGUCAAGUCUUUUCAUCAAAACAUAAAAAGAAAGAAAUGGUUUCAAAAAAAUAAAAAUAAAAAGAAUAAUAUAAAUAAAAUCAAAAUCACAUCCUUGCAAAAGCAUUUAAACUCUAUCACAAUACUCUUACAAAUACAUACUUAUACCUAAAUUGAUAGGCAGCUUGAAAAUCAGAAUAAAAUAAAGAUAAUAAUGAUAAUUAUUAUUAUGAUAAUAGUGAGUUUGUCUGCCCCAUGUAAAAUUCACAUUUUUAUUGGCCCUUUCUUGUAUUAAUAUCCCAUUGAGAUGGCAAUAUUCAGUCCAACCUAUAUAAAAAAUGUGAACGUUCCCUUAAACAUGCUGUUUUUUCACUGUUUCUGUGUUAUAAGUGUUUAAAAAGGGAUGUUUCUCAUUGACCAUCACUUAAAAUGUUCAGUUAUCUUUGCCAGUUCUAUAUUUAUGUUAACAAAUCUUUAAACUCUCCGGAUUCAUGUGUUCAUUACAACUUUAUUUUGUAAAUAACAUUGUAAUAAACGGUUU